CCUUGCAAAUUUGGCGUAAGCAAAUCAGGAUGCAUGCUCAGUUAUGAGGUCACAUGGAAGCAACCUUUGUAACCUUCCCUUUCUCCUUUUGCGUUCCUGUAAAAGUGGGAUUUAACCUUCACAGCACUUUUUUUUUUAGGGGGACACAGUGUUUUCCAUGACCAUCACAGCCAGCUCUAUGCGUUCCAGGCUUACAAGGGUCAUGAAAAUGCCAGGAAUUUGGUCUGUCUGCAUUCUUCAGGGAACUGCCUAUGCGGGAGAUAGAAGGCCAUCCAUCUGCCUCACUUACGGAGCUUCGGAAAACCGAAUUUUAAAUUCCCGCCUGGUCCGACACCUCUCCCAAUCAUUGGCAACCUACAUCUGCUGGAUAUGAAAAGGCAGGACAAAUCCAUAUUGAAGCUUGCUGAGAAAUAUGGCCCGGUGUUCACCCUCCAUUUUGGAUUCCAAAAAGUAGUAGUGCUGACUGGCUAUGAAGCUGUAAGAGAUGCCCUUGUGACCUUUACGGAGGACUUUGUGGACAGGCCGCCAAUCCCAAUAUUUGAAGAGAUUCAGCGUGGAAAUGGGGUGUUUUUUUCCACCGGAGAGCUGUGGAGGACUACCCGAAGAUUCACCAUGGCCAGCAUGCGCAAUCUUGGCGUGGGGAAGAAGCUCAUAGAGCAGCAGAUUAAUGAAGAACUUGGUUUCCUUGUAGAGGACAUUAAAUCCUUUGAAGGUGAACCUUUCGUUCUCAGAACCUUUAACACUGCCCCAACCAACAUUACUUUCGCUCUGCUGUUUGGAGAGAGGUUCGACUACAAAGAUCCAGUAUUCACCACUCUGCUAAGACUCAUAGACGAAGUGAUGUGCCUUCUUGGAUCUCCAUUCUUGCAUCUGUUUAAUUUCUACCCCUUCCUUGGAUUUCUUUUCAACGCUCACAAAAUUCUACUGAAGAGGAUCGAAGACGUCCGUAUUAUUAUAAGGGAAUACAUCAAGACAAGCAAGCAAGACAUCAACGCCAACAGCCUCAAAAGCUACACAGAUGCAUUGGUCUUCAAGCAACGAGAGGAUACGACUAAGCGAGAGAACCUUUUUAAUGAUGACAACCUCAUCGCUUCCAUCCUGGAUCUUGUCAUGGCUGGAACAGAGACCACGGCAACGACAUUGCAAUGGGCCAUUCUGCUGAUGAUGAAGUACCCAAAGAUUCAAAAAAAGGUUCAAGAGGAGAUUGGGCGGGUUGUGAAACCAGGCCACUGGGCCACAUACGAUGACCGGAAAGACAUGCCCUAUACCAAUGCAGUGAUCCACGAGGUGCAGAGAUUCAUCACGCUCUUGCCGCAUGUCCCACGCAGCACAUCAGCUGACACGCAUUUCAGGGGCUACUUUCUCCCAAAGGGAACAAUGGUGAUUCCUUCGCUCACUUCAGUGCUCCUGGAUCGAAGCCACUGGGAGACCCCUCACGAGUUCAACCCUAACCACUUCCUUGACGCCGAUGGGAAGUUUGUCAAGAAAGAAGCCUUCAUGCCUUUCUCCUUAGGGCGCCGAAAUUGCAUCGGCGAAAGCUUGGCCAAGAUGGAACUUUUCCUGUUCUUCACGGGACUGCUGCAGAAAUUCACUUUCCAGCCGCCACCAGGGCUUACGGAAACUGACUUGGACUUGACCGUUCCUAAGACGACCUUCACUUUGAGGCCGCAACCUCAGCUGACUUGCGCCAUUCCCCAGGAGUGAAGAGAGGACAUUGCGAUGAGAUAAUCCACACACCAUGAGGGGGAACUCAAGUAGGGCAUUCCUUUUGGUGGAGCAGGAACUGAUGGAUCAGUACCUUAGCAAAGCUAGAGUUGCCAUGGGGUGUAUGCUUGAAAGGCAAAUGCAACUGGUCCCAACAAACUUGACUUUUUCCAUGCUUGUCAUACUUUUAAAUAUAUGCAUAACAGCUUACGCAUGUGGGAAAGCAAACAUCCUAUACUUGGACUUUCAGAAAGCUUUUGCUAAAAGGGUGAAUUCGAUAUUGGAGAUCAUUACGGAAAGGAUUGUGAAAAUAAAAUUAUAGGUACCACCAUGUCUUUAUACAAACCUAUAGUGUGCCCACACUUGGAAUACUCUGUGGAAUUAGGAUUGUUGCACCUCAAAAAGGAUAUUGUAGAGCUGGGUAAAGGGCAGGAAAGCACAACCAGAAUGAUUAGAGAGUAGAGGAACUCCCCUAUAGAGAAAGAUGCAUGAUGUUUGGGGAUUUUUAGUUUUGGGGGGAAAGGAGAGUAUUCAAAAGAUCUUAGGUUUUGUUUCCCUUAAUCAAUGCUGCUUCCCAGAGGCGGGAUAAUUAAUAGCAGUACUCAACACUAAAACCCUUUCUCAGUUCCCAAUUCAGAGACUCUGCUGCCUCCCUGCUGCUAGUCUAAGUCACAGCAAGCACUUUCCCACAGCCUUUUGUGCUAAUAAAUUUACACUUGGGGUUCUAAAAUCCACAAUUACUGAGUCCAUUUUGUUCUCAUAUUUUGCCAUCCCAGGACUAUACUUCCUGCCUAUUUUGGAUCUAGAGUCACAUUAAAAUUUAUUAAUGGAAAAUAGACUAAGGAGAGGUAUUCCAGCCCCUUGGUUGCAGGUUCACAGCAGACUCAACAAUACUGAAGAUGCUUUGAAAAAACAAGGAACAAAGAUCAUGACGGUUAUAAGAAGCCACUUGGAGAAGAAAGGUUUAUCGUACUCCCAACGUCUUGUUUUCAGACCAUGAUCUAUGGUUUCAGCCAGGGUAAACUUCUUUGGGUGGUAACCCA